AAGCGCGAUUUAUGUAGAAGUCUGUAUUUUUACUACCCUUUCAGCCAGUAACGAAGCAAGUAUGGACCUGCGUGCACUGACAUGUACAAAUGUACACACACACUAAACUGUCACAACAUGCAAGUUUAGUAAACAGUCAAAUAAACAUUGUGCGAGAGCUGUGUAUAAAGACUUUGAACUCCUGUGGACUACAAAAAUAAUUCUGUUGCAUGCGCUGACUUCACUUGGCAAUGUUCCCGAGUCAUAUUCAACAUACAUUCAAUGGUAGUGUCCACCUGUGUGUUCAGAUCAUGAGACUCGUCCCCAGCAAGCACCUGUCUUCUCGUCCUCUUACAGAUGUCUGCAAUCUUCUGGGAUACGAAGACCUUAGCAUACAUUAGCACGGGCAUUCUGCUAUCAUGAAAACAAAAGGUCAAUGCUGAGAGCCCGUCCACUGAGAUGGUGGUUGAUGUCGCAUACAUUAGCCGAGUGUUUUAGACAUGGAGCAGCUACGAGAGACAGCAAUGAAAGAAGCAGUCUGUUCAGGGAACUGGACCCUCGUCAAAGAAUUGUUGUGCAGAGAAGAUGUGACAGAUCGCGAGAUUCAAGAAUCGCUUGUUCUACACAAACUAGCUUCCAGGACCGACAUCAGCUUGUCACUGGUCCAAGAAAUUGUGGAAAACGCUUGCUUACGUCACGUUGAUCUUCACCUGACCGACGACAACGGUGACACUGCUGUCAUGGCGGCAGCAAGGUGUGGUAACUGGGAGAUUGUGAGGUUACUGAUGUCUAGGAAGGCAGCCCUACCUGACAACACAGAUCACGUGAUCGUCUUCCUGCGUACUCUCAGUUGUAGUGAAAACAUCAGGGACAGCUACAUGUUAACUGCGGAUAUUUUGCGAUAUUCAUGGAACAUUCUUAAGCGAAAAACAUCUGAUGGAGGUGGAAGAACUAUACGCACUAUGUUGAUUCACCUUGCUGCAAAGGUCAGCUGCUGGUGGCUCGUUCGUGAUUUAGCUACUGCUGAUCUUGACCUUAACACUCUACACGAAGAUGGCUAUGGAGUUUUGCACUGGCUUGCUAGGAAUUAUAUCCAUUCGGAUGUUUCUCUUUUGCAGAAAUUGCUUGACAGUGGCGCAGACAUUAAUUUCCCAAACAGCCACGGAGACACGGCCUUAAAUGUUGCUGCCAAAAAUAACAAUUGGGAAAUGUUUACGUCUUUGUUGCUACUAAAUGCAAACACUGCCAUUUGCAACAAGGAAAAGCAAACUGUUUUUCCACAUCUUAGCUUUUUCGACUUCUUCAACAAAAGAGCACAGGAAACAUUUUAGUUCUGUUUAUAAACUACUGAAGACUAGAUGUCAAAAUAUAAGCAUGCAAGACGCCAGAGGAAACACAGCUUUACACUUAGCAAUUCAAUCAGGAAACAUUACUUGUGCUAACAAAUUAAUUAGCUUUGGUUCUCGUUCCGACUUGCUUGAUACAAAUGGUCGGACUGUUCUACACUUAAUGGCGACGUACACACACUUGAAAUACUCGUCUCGAUUUUUGAAACAAGUUAUAAAAAACGGGGCUAAACUAGAAACUAAAGAUUUCGAAGAAAAUACUGCUGCACAAGUAGCCGUGAAAUGUAAGAACUGGAGCUACGUGAAACAGUUAAAGGAUGAAGGGGCUGAUUUUGACUUUGUGAACUCUGACAAUCAAAGGAGUAUGGCCUGUGACUGGGUGGCUUCAGGGGAAAUGCCACAAGAUGUUCUCAGCGUCUUCUCUCCCCGUGAAAGCAAUAGGAUUUCAUCAUUCAGUAGCUUCAUUUCGUCUGAUCCCAACCCGUUAGAUGAAG